AUGGACGAGACUACUCCUCUUCUCCAAAGCCAGUCCCAUUCACUGUCGCAGAAGCGCCUCUUGGUUAUUUUUCCUGCACUCGCACUAAUACAAUUUACUUCUUUCCUUGACGCAACCGCUAUCUCGACGAGUCUGCCUGCUAUUGCGUCAGCGCUCGACCUUGGCGCCUCUAUCUCCCUUGUCGGCGCGAGCUUUCUCAUCACCAGCACCAGCAUUCAGCUGAUCAAUGGCAGACUGUCCGAUAUAUUCGGCCGCAAGGCCGCUCUCGUCACUGCGCUCUCCAUUAUGGGCGCCGGAAACUUGUGGAGCGGCUUCACCACCACGCCUGUCGCGCUAUUCGUCGCGCGUGCAUUCACCGGCUUCGGCGCGGGAGCCAUCAAUGCGCUCGUGCAAGUUGCCAUCGCAGACAUUACGACGCUGGAGCAGCGCGGAUACUAUUUCGGCAUGAUUGGGGUAGCGGUGGCGUUAGGAAAUGGGUUGGGUCCUCUCAUCGGCGGAGUGCUCACCAAGACAAUGGGAUGGCAGUGGGCAUUUUGGUUUGUCUGUCCGUUGUGCAUCAUCGCUAUAUCCUAUCUUAUGGUCGUCUGGCCCCACCGAAACCGAACGCCAGCUGGAAACAGGAUCUGGGAUAAGCUGAAAUUGGUGGAUUGGGCAGGAGCCGGGGCGAGUUCGCUUAGCAUUUCAUUGCUUCUGGUAGGCAAUGAAUUACACAGGCAGUACGGAUCUACCAUAUCCUGGACCUCGCCUGCGGUGGUAAGCAUGCUCAUCGCUGGCGCCAUGCUCUUUGGUGUCUUUCUGGCGAUCGAGUGGCGCUUCGCGAAGCUACCCCUAAUGCCAAUUCAAUUGUUCCGGUACAAUCGCUCCACUACGACGCUCAUAUGCAUCAACGUCCUAAUCGGCUGGGUUUACUGGGGCAAUCUAUUCGUUCUCCCGCUAUAUCUACAAAAUGUUCGUGGAUCGAGCCCUGCCCAGGCUGGAAUAUUGAUGCUUCCCAUGGUCAUCACCCAUGGGCUUACAUCAGGCCUGACUGGAGUUCUCAUAUCUAUGUUGAAACAUUAUAAACCUAUCAUCGUCACAGGAGCCAUCUGUUGGUUCUUAGCAGCCGUGGCAAAGAUGAAUUAUAAUCAAUCGACGCCAAUUUGGCAAAUUAUCGUGGUCGGUGUCUUUGACGGCAUAGGUGUAGGUUGUUCGCUGCAGCCAGUCCUCAUUGGUAUCUUCGCAGGAACCGAUAAUAAAGAUCGAGCGGUUCUCACUGGACUACGAAAUUUCUUUAGAGAUAUGGGCGGGGCAACUGGUACUACAGUUUCGGGAGCUAUCUUAAGCAACGUGCUGUCUGGCCAAUUGAAAUCGAGAUUCAGUGAGAGUUUCAUCUUGCAACUAAUCUCCUCAGUCUUCGUUUUAAAAGACUUGCACCUCACCGACGAGGAGAUGGACAAGAUAACUCAAGGUUACAUGAAAGGUCUUCAUGCUUUGUUUCUCUCUUUCGUUGUGAUAACCUUCAGCCAUCUUUGUGCUUCUCUGUGUAUUCGAGAUUAUGGAUUGAAACAAGGCAAAGCACAACGACAGAGGACAAAUGUCGAGGAAUAGGAGAGAGCGCAAAGCAAGCCCGAGGAACAACGCCAAUCUAGUUUUACCUCAUUUUUUGAACAAGUGCAAUUGAAAUCAAUCCAUG